AUGGUGGCCUGUGAUGGGGCAGAGUAUCAAAGGGAGUGGUUUCACUUGGAAUGCGUGGGUUUAAAACACGAGCCUAAGGGCUCCGCGAAAUGGUAG